AUGCCCCCCAAGAAAGCCAAACCCAAGGGAAAACAAGAGCCUAUCGACUACGACGAAGCCCUUGAUGCAGGUGUACACCAGGAGGAACAAGCAGAGCGCUACCAGUUCGGCGACAAAGCAUUGCGAUAUUAUCACGAAUCUCUCCGUCUCUACCGGCUCGCUCAGACGUUUCGGUUCACCGGAGAUGCCAUCUACAACGAAGCGCGCGUUUUGCUAAAGCUAGGCGACACAUUCACGCCUUUUCCUCAUUGUCGAGAACUUGUCUCGCAAGCCAUCGAUCGCUUCGACGCUGCUAGACAGUAUGAAGUCAGCCGUGACGAUGCUUGCUUCAACAUGACGGCUGCCCUGACAACUCGUUACGAGAUGGACACCGACUUUGCAGGCAAUGAGCCCAUCGCGCUUGACGAUCCUCAGAGAGCGCUUAGUCUGCUGGACGAGCUCCUGGUAUCCCAGAUCUCACGCUUACAACCAGCAUCGCAAGAUGACGAUGUUCCUGAUGCAUCCCUGGGGAUGGUCGAGGAUAACGAUAUCCAGAUCACCGAGAUUGUUACGCUCGACAUUGUGCUCACGACGAUCAUCGCAAAGAGCGACGUCGAAUGUUUGCUGCCGAACCAGCAUGUCCUGCAGCCGCUCUCUGCGUCUGUAGACCUUGCCACCUUGUCUCAUCGACAAGAGGACAUCCGAGUGGCCGAGCUCGGCAGGUUGGCACACAACAUAUCGCUAUUCACAGACGCCCAGCUCGUGUCCAUACUCGACGAGCUCGUCAACGAUUUGGCAGUCGACUUACCCGCGAGUGGUCUGACGAGCCUGGCCGAGUUCUUCGUGCUCGUCGUGGAAGAGCAGCGCUUGGAUCGAGCGAAAUGGUCUACCCUCCUGCAGCUCGCGCAGAAUGCUUUCGGUCGCGCAUUGGCAAAGUUGCAAGGUGCAAUGCCGCUCAAGCCACCUUUACAGACUCACGAGCGCAAGCUCGCCCUAGCAGACUGUCAUCUUUCGCUCGCCAACGUGGACAGGUUGCAGACGGGCACAUCCCGCGGUCUGGCUGUCCAAUCCGCAGAUCGAGAACAUAGAAUGGCCGCGUCAGGUGCUACUGAUGCGAAUAGCUGA